UCCAGAGGAGCUGGUGCCAGCCCUUUCCUGUGCUGUCGUGCCUUUGCUGCUGCAGGGAGAUGAUGAACUGAGAGCUAUGGCGAGCGGGGGAAGCACAACAUGUUGAGCGAGGGAAUGCUGUCUCCAGAUGGGGAGGAGCAGAGGAAGGCCGUGACCUGUGAUGAUGUGCACAUCAACUUCACUCAGGAAGAGUGGGAUUUGCUUAAUCCUUCCCAGAAGAAUCUCUAUAAAGAUGUAAUGCUGGAGACCUACAAGAACCUCACUGCUAUAGGAUACAUUUGGGAAGACCUUAACACUGAAGAACAUUGGCAAUGUUCUAGAGGACAUGCAAGGAUUGAAAGAAAUCAAAAUGGAGAGAAGAAACUUUCAGUGUAUACUCACGGUGUUAAAGCCUUGUCUUAUGACACUCACCUGCUAAGGAAUGAAAACCCAUAUAAUGGAGAAAAACCCUCUAAAAGUAAGCAAUGCAGUAAAGCCUUUGCUUAUCGCAAUGAUAUUCAAGUGCUUAGAAAACACACUGGAAAAAAACCCUAUGAAUAUCGUCAAGGUGAUAAAGACUUUGUUCUUUAUGAAACACAUCAAAGUCAUAAAAGAACACAUACAGGAGAGAAACACUAUGAAUGCAAUCAGUGUGGUAAGGCCUACGCAUGUCAAACUGAUCUUCAAAAGCAUAAGAGAACAGAUACUGGAGAGAAACCCUAUGAAUGUAAUCUGUGUGGUAAGGCCUUUGUAGCUCAGAAUAAUCUUCGCAACCAUAAAAGAACACAUACUGGAGAGAAAAGCUAUGAAUGUAAUCAGUGUGGUAAGGCCUUUGCUAAAAACAGUGCUGUUCAAAAGCAUAAAAGAAAACAUACUGGAGAGAAGCCCUAUGAAUGUAAUCAGUGUGGCAAGGCCUUUGCAGCUCAGGGUAAUCUUCACAAGCAUAAAAGAACACAUACUGGAGAGAAACCCUUUAAAUGUAAUCAGUGUGGUAAGGCCUUUGCCCAGCACAGUCAUCUUCAAAGUCAUAAAAGAACACAUACUGGAGAGAAACCCUAUGAAUGUAAUCAAUGUGGCAAGGCCUUUGCAGAUCAGAGUAAUCUUCAAAAGCAUAAAAGAAUACAUAGUGGAGAGAAACCCUAUGAAUGUAAUCAGUGUGGUAAGGCCUUUGCAGAUCAGAGUAAUCUUCAAAAGCAUAAAAGAAUACAUAGUGGAGAGAAACCCUAUGAAUAUAAUGAAUGUGGUAAGGUCUUUGCAGCUCAGGGUCAUCUUCACAAGCAUAAAAGAACACAUACUGGAGAGAAAGAAACCCUAUGAAUGUAAUCAGUGUUGUAAGGCCAUGCACAUCACAGUAAUCUUCAAUUGCAUAGAAGAACACAUUCUAGAGAGAAACCCUAUGAUUGUAAUAUUUUUGAUAAGGCCUUUGCACAAAACAGCCAUCUUCAAAAAUA